AUGUGCUUACGCAAAUGUACAGAACGACCGAAAGAUUCAACCGAACAGUCUUUGGUGGCAAUGCUUGAAGAACGCCUUAACGAGGCAGAAAGCAGCAUUCAGGACUAUCGAGACGAGAAUACCGUGUUGAAAUGCGAGCUACGAGAUUUGCAGGAAACGACUUACGCAAACUCCGAUGCGAAACUUAAAGAAAAAAUCACUUGCACAGAAGCGCUCUGUGACGAACUAAUGGAAGAAAAUGAAGCUUUAAAAACGGAAGUGCGGGAUUUACAGCAGGAAAUCGAGGAAAUGCAGGACCAGUAUCGCGAAGAAGAGAUCGAAGAGUUCCGAGAACUGCAGAGGGAGCUCGAGCAGAAUGCCAAGAACUGUCGUGUGCUGCAAUUCAAACUUCGCAAAGCGGAAAGGAUGAAGGAGCAGACCGACGCUGAAAAAACUCAACUGCAAACUCGUCUAAAUGUAAGCUGUGAUGAAAGUGUCAACUUCUUAACCUUAAAAUUUCAUCUUCAUGUUCAGGAUCUGCUCGAGAACUCGAGCGAUGCCGUCGUUGCCUCAACGCGGUCUGAUGCAGUGCGGGUCAAGGAACUAGAAUCAGAGCUGAGGAUUGCAAAAGAGGUAUAA